AUGGCAUCAGAACACAAGGAUUGUGAUGGAAGAAUUCGAUGUCCCUGUGUGAGAUGUAUAAAUAGUAGGUUUGAAAAAAUAGAUAGGGUUAGAGCACACAUAUUUGAUCGAUGUUUCAUGCAAGGAUAUGAGAAGUGGAUUUAUCACGGCGAGCCUGAGGAUGUUGUCGAUGAUGUAGCAGUUGUCGAUGUUGAAUCAGAGGAUGAAAUGAUUCCUAUUCUAGAAGACUUCUUUCCCUCGACAACAGAGGAUGUACAAGGAGAAGAUGAACAACCAACCACGAACCCUCAUUUUGAUGACUUAUUCGAGGAAAUUGAAGCUGAAUUGUAUCCUGGUUGUGAUUGGAUUUCGUCUCUCAACUUUUUAGCAAAGCUAUUGCAUUUAAAAGUUAGAGGAAAAAUUCCUAAUAACAUCUUUGAAGAAUUAUUGAAGCUUUUAAAGUUUGCAUUUCCGAAGGAAAAUAAUAUUCCAGCAACUUACUACGAGGCAAAGAAGAGAUUAAAGAAAUUAGGCUUGGGUUAUGACUCUAUCCAUGUCUGUUUGUAUAAUUGUUGCCUAUUUUAUAAGGAGAAUGCAUCGAAGGAGGCUUGUCCAGUGUGUGGAACUAGUCGUUGGGUUACUUCUGAGAACGGCAAAGCAACAAAAGUUCCUUGCAAACCGGUCGACGGUUUAGCUUGGAAAGACUUUGAUGCAAAACAUCCCGAGUUUGCAAGGGACCCAAGAAAUGUUCGACUUGGGUUAGCUGCUGAUGGAUUUAAUCCAUUUGGCAACAUGAGUCUUGCAUACAGCAUGUGGCCAGUGGUGUUGGCUAACUAUAAUCUACCACCUUGGUUAUGUAUGAAAGAUAAUUAUUUUUUGCUAUCUACCCUAAUUCCUGGUGUAAAAUCUCCAGGUAAAGACAUGGAUAUAUUUUUAAGACCUUUGGUGGAUGAAUUAAAGGAGUCGACCAACUCGAUGUUCACCAUGCGUGCUGCGCUUUUGUGGACAGUGAAUGAUUUUCCUGCUCGUAGUAGCUUGUUUGGGUGGAGUGGUCAAGGUUAUAAAGCUUUCCCUACUUGUAAUGAAGACACGACGUCCAUUCGAGUGAUCGGGAAGACAUCAUAUGUUGGUCAUCGAAAGUUCUUGCCAAGUAACCAUGCAAUGAGAAGGGAUACUCGAUUUGAUGGUAAAGUUGAAAGAAGACCUCCUCCAAGACGAUUUACUUGUGAAGAGAUAUUAUCACAAGUUAAUGCUUUCGAACCCCAAAUUUCCGGACAUCAUGAAAAUUUUGGGGGCGUGAAACGUAGAAGAGUUGCAGAAAAUUGUAAUUGGAGGAAAAAAAGUAUUUUCUACGAGUUGGAGUAUUGGAGCACGAAUAUUUUAAAACACAACAUUGAUGUCAUGCAUGUUGAGAAGAAUGUGUGUGAUAGUCUCCUAGGAACCAUCUUGGAUAAUGAUAAAUCAAAGGACACAACCAAUGCGCGACAUGAUUUAAAGAAGAUGGGUAUUAGGGAAUCGUUGUGGAUUUAUGAAGAUGGGAAUGGGAGGCUAAUGAAAUAUAUGCUCCUUAUGUUUUGA